GAACAUUGCUCGCGUAGCUGUCUCCGUAAGCGCACGCGACUACGCGACUGACGCAGUGUGACGCAACUAUAGUCGCGGCCGGCGCGCGGUAACUUAUCAACUCGAGCCAUAAGCCACCAAUUACGAAAUUCGUCAAUCCUUUUUCUGAGACCUUCAGCUGACUUCAAUGCCGGAGUUAGACUUUAUGAUUGUGACACGAUCGUAUUGAGUAUGUGUUAUGGUGAUUGAAUUUGAAUGUAACGGUAUACAAGCACAAAAUGAAUAGGCCUGGAGCUUUGGGAUUUUUGUUGUUGACAGUGUUGCUUUCACUGUUAGCUGAUACCGGAGGAUCAGAAGAGCGUAGUCGCGUGAAGCGGUUACGUGCUGACAGUACUCCUGUAGCGCGAGAGCCCGCGCAGGCGCUGGAUGCACCGGAACCAGAGCCGGCUGCUGCACCCGCUCCAUCAGCUUUCCUUAGCCCCUCUGUUAAAGAAUACCUUGAACUGGGCAUGGCUAUACCUGGCAAACCUGGUACUGACUAUCCUGUCCUGGGCGCAGUUCCAUACACUAACUUUUACUGUGAUGACCAGCCUUAUCCUGGUUUCUUUGCAGACAUGGACACCAGAUGUCAAGCUUGGCACUACUGUGACAUCGAUGGUCGUCAAGCGUCAUUCCUAUGUCCCAACGGCACUGUGUUCUCGCAAGGCGUGGCUUCUUGCGACUGGUGGUUCAACGUGCGUUGUGCUUUAUCGCCCGCUCUCUACCCUCUCAACGCUCGCCUUUACCGUCGCCGCAAGCUGACGCGACCGAAACCGCACCGCGUCAUAGACAAACAGCUUGUUGACGAGAUAUUUUUGUAAAUGGAAAUAUGGAUGUUCAGCAGCAUUGUACAGUUGCUUCUUAUUCGUGUUAUUGCUGAAGAUGUUUCAUUUGUAAAUAAAAAAGGUAAACGAACAAUGAUUAACGCUGAAAGAAUGUUGAAAAUGCGCGGUACGGAUGAGGGUGUCAGAAAUGCAUUUUUUUAAUUAUUAAUUUGAUUAUUUCAUUAAAAUAAUUGAUAUACGCAUUUGCUGCAGAUGAACCGAAGUGUAUAUUUUCUUUGCUCGAUUAUAGUUAGUAUUAAGCUGGAAUUAAGUCUACCUCGUAAAUAUGCGCGUUAUCUAUUUCAUACACGACACGAGGGACAGGGCAAAUAUAACCAGUCCUGUAGUAAAUAUGAAAUCGAUACGCGGGAUGGCGUGGGCUAGACAUAAUUCCGGCUUUAUCUGUGGCUUGGUACACAUUAUGAACGCAUAGUUUUGGCGUAAAUUUGUAAAACUAGUAUUCUCGAAAAUUUAUUUAAAAAAAUGUAAAGGAUUCUAACUUCUAAUCCGUAUGUUUUUUGUGUUUUGCAGUAUUUCAUUUAAUCGUAUUUUAAUUAUAAUUUUGUUAAACUAUGUAGGUAUAUUUUUAAUUAUGAGGUCUUGAUAGUAAGUUUACAAAGAAAAGAAUAGAUUAAAACGUAAUAAAAGUAUAUAAUAAUGUUACCGAAAUUCAAAUUUCUUAUUUAUGACUUUAUUCGGUUAGGCAUACACACCAGAAGAUCAUGUAAAUACGAAAUGUAAAAUAUUUGCAAUCCAUAUUGAUAUCAGUGCCAUUAAGGUUUAAAAUCCAUUAGAGAAAUCUUUGAGUUUUUAUUACCUGACUUUCUGUUGAGUUAACGUUCGAUUAGACACGUAUUUUGUGUAAAAGUUAUGUAAAUGUUCAAUUGACUUGACUUAAAUGAUUUAAUUCUG